AUGGAAGCACGUAUGCUCUCUGUUCAGCAGAUGCUCAAAGUCUAUCUUGACGGGGCCGCUCGCAUUCAAUCAUCCAUUCAUACAUCUCAUGAAGGCAAUGAUAAAAUCGCAAUCACAGAUCACCGCAACGUUGAAGGACGUUCUUCUGUCUCCGCAUCUCCAAAGCCAGCGUUAGAAGCACUUCCUAGCAGGAGUGCUGUCUCAAAUGGUGACCUAAAACAUCACGAAAUCACUACCAUGGAGAUCAAAGGGGUCGCCAGUAUCAACCGUAACUGUGCCUUUAGCAAGGUUAAGCAGCAUACAGUGGAGGAAAUUCAGAAUGACUCUGGUUAUGCCACGCCGAGCCUCGAGCUUGAUACAAAAGAAAUCGAGCAGCUCGCCAGCAAAAUCCUGGAUGUCAUUCAGCGGUACGGGCAGCACAUUGCCCCAAAGAGCGAGGAAGAGCACCUGCCCGAGUGGAUUGGUAAACCCCUAUUCAUGGAAAAGGUGAUGUCACAGCUUGAAAAGGGUGAACCUGUGAAGAUGAUUCUUCCAGCAUUUCCCUGGAAGAGUAUCAACAAGGUCGACAAAGUCACUGGGGUCUUGCCGGACCUUGGUGAGGAGCUAGCCCUCGCCCGUCUCAAUCAGAUGUGCGAAGACAUUCGUACUGUAUAUCCGAUGGGCGGUCAGGUCUGGCUUGCGACAGAUGGCCUAGUCUUCGACGACGUUGUCGGGAUUCCUGACCUCGAAACUUGGACAUACAGCGAACGACUCUUUCAGAUCACACAAGAAUGCGGUUUCGACCAGAACAUCCGCUUACUACGUGUGAUGGACAUCCUAGGCUAUACCGCAGGACGCAAACUGGACUGGGAGCUAUACAUCUCACUUGCACAGCGAUGCCGGGAUCACCUUAUGGCUAGCUAUGGCCGCACUGAAGACGAGGUACGGGCAAUGAUGCGUGAAGACAGCGAUACGCUUCUCACGUAUUGUGGCUUCAUCCGCUUUCUAGAAUCCGAUCUCCGAUACAGUCAUAUAGCGACGACCGCUACGAGCGGUCAAAAGUAUCGGAAGUGUGUCAAGAAAGUGGCGAUCAACAUGAUGAUCAGAGCUGAGUCAUUCACGAAGUUGCUUCAGUCAAGUUACACGGAUUAUGUGCGGCUCUCCAUUCAUCCUUCCACUGGCACUGUGAAGCUCUCUAUCCCUCUUAUCAUCACUGGCACUGGCGAGUUUCCACGCACACCCUGGCACAGCUCCAUUGCACUCUCUGUUACUGGGGUCUACAGUACGGUGCACAGGAAGAACGUACAGGAAACUCACACGUCCAUGUUUCGCGAGGACGAUAAUGACUCUUCUUCCCCGCAUUAUUUCCGCGAAAAAUCCACUCUGUGGGACUGGGAGGACAAAGAUGUAGUAUUUCAGCCGCAUUUCCCGAAUACCCUGAUUGUGCGACCAAGGAGCACCAUUCCGUCUGGCGCGAAGACAUUGACCGGUGAACAGAUUACGAAACUGCGGGCGUUGAUCGCUGUACACACGGCGGGGCCCGUCAUAAUCGAGGGGUUCGCAAACACAGACAUGCUGGACACCGUGGCAGCGGCGGUGUGA